UGAACGCAGCGCGCCUCUGCUCAUCUUUGUGCGAGAGAAGCGGCGCAGCGGUUAGCAGCAGCAGCGCUCACAGACUCCCGCUUCUACCCCAAAAUACACCCUUUACGACGCCCGAGCAGCCCACAAGACGGCCUUAAGAUGGUCAUCUGGUGAAGCGCGUGAUUAGACCGGGAGGGGCAGACAGCGCCAUCCAGGCGUGCAGAGUGGGACGGCAUCCCAUCCCACAACCGGCCACCGGCUUCCCGAAGCUCUACCGCCGCAGCCAGAUGGACUGCGAACUGUGAGAGAGCAGCAAGUCGGGACUGAAAUCAUCUGAGGAGAGGAGCCGGGGGGAAGCACGCUCGCCGGCGCAGGAAAGGGAGGGAACUGGUCGGGAGAGGAAAGUACACGGGGCUCCACCAUGUCGUCAAACAGGACCCAGAACCCCCACGGACUGAAACAGAUAGGCCUGGACCAGAUAUGGGACGACCUGCGGGCUGGAAUCCAGCAGGUCUACACGCGGCAAAGCAUGGCCAAGUCGCGCUACAUGGAACUCUACACACAUGUAUAUAACUAUUGUACCAGUGUCCACCAGUCCAGCCAGGGCCGGGGCAACGUCCCCCCAGCAAAGCCCUCCAAAAAGUCCACUACUCCGGGGGGGGCUCAGUUUGUGGGCCUGGAGCUCUACAAGCGACUCAAAGAGUUCCUGAAGAACUACUUGACGAGCCUGCUCAAGGACGGCGAGGAUCUAAUGGACGAGUGUGUGUUGAAGUUUUACACCCAGCAGUGGGAGGACUAUCGUUUCUCUAGUAAGGUCCUCAACGGGAUCUGCGCCUACCUCAACCGCCACUGGGUCCGACGGGAGUGUGACGAGGGACGCAAGGGCAUCUACGAGAUCUAUUCACUGGCCCUCGUGACCUGGAGGGAGUGUUUGUUCCGACCCCUCAACAAACAGGUAACAAACGCCGUUCUGAAGCUGAUAGAGAGGGAGAGGAACGGAGAGACCAUCAACACCAGACUGAUCAGCGGGGUCGUCCAGUCUUACGUGGAGCUGGGCCUGAACGAGGAGGACGCCUUCGCCAAAGGCCCCACGCUGUCCGUGUACAAGGAGUACUUCGAGUGCCAGUUCCUGACGGACACGGAGCGCUUCUACACGCGCGAGAGCACCGAGUUCCUGCAGCAGAACCCCGUCACAGAGUACAUGAAGAAGGCGGAGGCCCGGCUGCUGGAGGAGCAGCGGCGCGUGCAGGUUUACCUCCACGAGUCCACCCAGGACGAGCUGGCCAGGAAGUGUGAGCAGGUUCUCAUCGAGAAGCACCUGGAGAUCUUCCACACGGAGUUCCAGAACCUGCUGGACGCCGACAAGAACGAGGACCUGGGCCGGAUGUACAACCUGGUGUCUCGGAUCACGGACGGCUUGGGCGAGCUGAAGAAACUUCUGGAGACGCACAUCCACAACCAGGGCCUGGCCGCCAUCGAGAAGUGUGGAGAGGCGGCGCUGAAUGACCCCAAAGUUUACGUGCAGACCACCCUGGACGUCCACAAGAAGUACAACGCCCUGGUCAUGUCUGCCUUCAACAACGACGCCGGCUUCGUGGCGGCUCUCGACAAGGCGUGCGGCCGCUUCAUCAACAACAACGCCGUCACCAGGAUGGCUCAGUCCUCCAGCAAGUCCCCCGAGCUGCUGGCCCGGUACUGCGACUCCCUGCUGAAGAAGAGCUCUAAAAACCCCGAGGAGGCGGAGCUGGAGGACACGCUCAACCAAGUGAUGGUUGUGUUCAAGUACAUUGAGGACAAAGACGUGUUCCAGAAGUUUUAUGCUAAGAUGUUAGCCAAGCGGCUGGUCCACCAGAACAGCGCCAGCGACGACGCCGAGGCCAGCAUGAUCUCCAAACUCAAGCAAGCGUGUGGGUUCGAGUACACGUCCAAACUACAGCGGAUGUUCCAGGACAUCGGCGUCAGCAAAGACCUGAACGAGCAGUUCAAGAAACACCUGACCAACUCAGAACCUCUGGACCUGGACUUCAGCAUCCAAGUCCUGAGCUCCGGGUCCUGGCCUUUCCAGCAGUCCUGCACCUUCGCCCUGCCGUCAGAGCUGGAGCGCAGCUACCAGCGCUUCACAGCGUUCUACGCCAGCAGGCACAGCGGCAGGAAGCUGACGUGGCUGUACCACCUGUCCAAGGGCGAGCUGGUCACCAACUGCUUCAAGAACCGCUACACGCUGCAGGCCUCCACCUUCCAGAUGGCCAUCCUGCUGCAGUACAACGCCGAGGACAGUUACACGGUGCAGCAGCUCACCGACAGCACGCAGAUCAAAACCGACAUCCUGGUGCAAGUUCUGCAGAUCCUGUUGAAGUCCAAGCUGCUGGUUCUGGAGGACGAGAACGCCAACGUGGACGAGGUGGACUUCAAGCCCGACACCGUCAUCAAACUCUUCCUCGGAUACAAGAAUAAGAAGCUGCGGGUGAACAUCAACGUGCCGAUGAAGACGGAGCAGAAACAGGAGCAGGAGACGACUCACAAGAACAUCGAGGAGGACAGGAAGCUCCUCAUCCAGGCCGCCAUCGUCAGGAUCAUGAAGAUGAGGAAGGUUCUGAAGCACCAGCAGCUCCUGGCCGAAGUCCUGAACCAGCUGUCGUCCCGGUUCAAGCCCAGAGUCCCCGUCAUCAAGAAAUGCAUCGACAUCCUGAUCGAGAAGGAGUACCUGGAGCGCGUGGACGGGGAGAAGGACACCUACAGCUACCUGGCCUGAGCCGCGCCGCCGCCCCUCCGGCUCUCCUCACUUCAACUUUUAUUUGUAAUCUUUUUUUUUUUUUUAAUUUUAUGUCUGAGUAAUAAAGUGUGGAUCCCUCUGAGCGGCGGACGUGUGUGUGGUUCAGCUUCGCGACCACACCGAUGAACCCGAGGAGGGAGCGAGCCCCUCCCGUUCAGGCUGGGAAACCCCGUCUACUCACUCGCCCGUCCCAGAACAACUUCGCCGCUUCCUUGUGAUAUUGUACAUACCAGCAGAGACUGGAGGAGGAAGCAAACAAGCCCUUCUGCAUAGUUCAAACGUUAAGAGUUUAGUCUCCAGCCGCAUCCGAAGGUUUCUGCAUGCUACUGCCCAACCUGCACCACCAAAACACGAGGACCGGAGGAGGCAGCGCGUCCCGAGCCGCCGGAGCCGUCUGGUUUGAGGUCGGGGGGGGUCACGGUGGAGGCCGGGUUCAUUUCUGAACGGUGGACAUUUGUAUAGUGUGGUUCAUUUUCUAAAUGUGUGAUAAAUAAAAACCAGGAAAGAUUUCUCUAACA